GUAGUACUGAUAUCAAGUCAACGUGCGGUACAUAAGAACCCAAGAUCCCAUAAAUAAAUUCUUCUUGGUUUUAAGCUUUCUUCUUCAUCUCUACUUCUCUAUAUAACUUUGAGUAGUCUCACCAAAGUCCAUUUUUAAAAAAUCAACUAUACCAUUUUUAGCUAUUCUUUGGUCUUCGUUUCGUGUAAGCAUUCAAUGUUUUUUUUCUUUUAUCUCUUUGGGAAACGGGAGUGUGGUCUUCGUGUGUGUGUCCCUGUUUCAUUAACCAGUUACGUUUCAUUCUCUUCUUUUCUUACGUUUACUACAGAUUUCAGAAAGAAAAAAAAGUGUUUGAAGCAAAAGAGAUUAAUGGCAGAUUCUUGAGUCAUUAACUUUUUUCUAAUUCUUUUAAUUAGAUCUCUGAACAUAAGAGAUAACUUGCGUCAUUAUUCUAUGGUUAUAAAGAUUAUGCACUUGAUUAAAAUAAUCUCUAGUUUUCCUUUUUCUCAUUUGCUAAGCAACUGUUUCUUUUUCUUCUUCUUCUUCUUCUUCAGAUAAUUAUGCUUGGGAGUGGAAAGCAAGAAAAAUUCUAAACUUUAUAUAAAAUUCCCAGAAUCAAUUGAUCCAAAAAGAGUAUUGUCAAAAAAGAUAAUCAAGAAGAAGAAACUCUGUUUUUUUGUUCUGUUCUUGGAAAAAAAUGAGGAGUAUGAUGAUGGAGAGAGAGGGAAGGAAUGAGAUAGAAAGAGAAGUAAUAGAUGACUUGGAAGAGACGCAAAACGAAGGAGAUGAUUUCAAGUCAAUACCUCCAUGGAAGGAACAAAUCACUUUCAGAGGAAUUGUUGCAAGUUUAAUCAUUGGUAUAAUCUACAGUGUGAUCGUGAUGAAACUAAACCUAACAACAGGUUUGGUCCCAAACCUAAAUGUCUCUGCAGCACUUUUAGCCUUUGUCUUCCUUAGAAGCUGGACCAAGCUGUUGACCAAAGCCGGGAUUGUGACUAAACCGUUCACUAAACAAGAGAACACUGUUGUCCAAACAUGUGCUGUUGCUUGUUACAGCAUUGCAGUUGGAGGUGGGUUUGGUUCAUACCUUCUUGGUUUGAACAGAAUUACUUAUGAACAGUCAGGAGGAACUCACACUGAUGGGAAUUAUCCGGAAGGCACGAAAGAGCCUGGAAUCGGUUGGAUGACCGCUUUCUUGUUCUUUACUUGCUUUGUUGGUCUUUUAGCAUUGGUUCCUCUAAGAAAGAUCAUGAUCAUAGACUACAAGCUGACAUAUCCAAGUGGAACAGCUACCGCGGUUUUGAUCAACGGUUUCCACACUCCUAAAGGCAAUAAAAUGGCCAAGAAACAAGUGUUUGGGUUUGUGAAGUACUUCUCAUUUAGCUUCAUUUGGGCUUUCUUCCAAUGGUUCUUCUCUGGUGGUACAGAGUGCGGUUUCAUUCAGUUUCCAACUUUCGGGUUAGAAGCUUUGAAGAACACAUUCUACUUCGACUUUAGCAUGACAUACGUUGGAGCAGGAAUGAUCUGUCCCCAUAUUGUCAAUAUAUCUUUGCUUUUUGGCGCGGUUCUGUCUUGGGGAAUCAUGUGGCCACUCAUUAAAGGUCUUAAAGGAGAUUGGUUCCCAUCAACUCUUCCUGAAAACAGCAUGAAGAGUCUCAAUGGUUACAAGGUGUUUAUAUCAAUCUCAUUGAUCCUCGGAGACGGGCUUUACCAAUUCAUCAAGAUACUUUUUAAGACAGGAAUAAACAUGUACGUCAAGUUAAACAAUCGCAACUCUGGGAAAUCUAAUUCGGAGAAAGAUAAGCAAUCUAUUGCAGAUCUUAAAAGAGAUGAGAUCUUUGUAAGAGACAGCAUUCCAUUAUGGGUUGCAGCAGUAGGAUACGCAGCGUUCUCUGUUGUCUCGAUCAUCGCGAUCCCUAUAAUGUUCCCCGAGCUGAAAUGGUACUUCAUAGUCGUAGCUUACAUGUUAGCUCCAUCGUUAGGUUUCAGUAACGCUUAUGGAGCAGGGCUAACAGAUAUGAACAUGGCUUAUAACUAUGGUAAAGUCGCUCUGUUUAUCUUAGCCGCUAUGGCAGGGAAACAAAAUGGUGUAGUCGCGGGACUUGUCGGAUGCGGGUUGAUAAAAUCGAUUGUAUCGAUUUCUUCUGACCUAAUGCACGAUUUCAAGACAGGACAUUUGACUCUGACUUCACCUAGGUCGAUGCUUGUGAGUCAAGCGAUCGGUACAGCGAUCGGAUGCGUUGUGGCGCCUCUAACUUUCUUCUUGUUUUAUAAAGCUUUCGAUGUCGGGAACCAGGAGGGAGAGUACAAAGCUCCUUACGCUUUGGUAUACAGAAACAUGGCAAUUCUUGGAGUUGAAGGUUUCUCUGCUUUGCCUCAACAUUGUUUACAGCUUUGUUACGGGUUUUUCGCAUUCGCGGUGGCGGCAAAUCUCGUUAGGGAUAGGUUACCGGAUAAGAUAGGGAAUUGGGUUCCAUUACCGAUGGCAAUGGCGGUUCCGUUUCUUGUUGGAGGGUACUUUGCUAUUGAUAUGUGUGUGGGAAGUUUGAUUGUGUUUGCUUGGAAUAUGAGAGAUCGAGUUAAAGCCGGUUUAAUGGUACCGGCGGUUGCUUCCGGUUUGAUAUGUGGAGAUGGUCUAUGGAUUUUGCCGUCGUCGGUUCUUGCUUUGGCCGGCGUUAGACCUCCUAUAUGUAUGGGCUUCAUGCCGAGUAAAUAUUCGAGUUAAAGAUAGCUUUUUACGAGUUUUUACUUUUUUGUGUAGCGACAAAAAAAUUAGCUAAAGAAUUGUGGAAACAAAAAAAACAGUUUAUAUAGGAAUUGUACUUUGUAAGUUUGUAUACACAAUAAAGUAAUAAACUAGUCUCUCAAUUCUAUUUAAAAA